AUGGCCGACCUGCACAAAGCUCUCGAGCAGCUGGGCCCAAUCGACUGGGCCGAUGUGCCACAAGACAUAGGCCCGUUCAUGAAGAACCUGUUCGAGAACGGCGAACUCAUCUGCAACUCAGUCCCGCCUCCUCCUGGCGGCAAGGCCUACGAUGCAUCCGAACCUACCCAGCCCAAGCCUGACACGGCAAAGUCGUCCAAAGACGUCGUCAACUCAGACGCCCGCCCUGUCGAUCCCCACCCCGAGCAGGCCGCCCUACAGAAGUCAUGGGGAAAGCCCAUGAAGUUGAACGCCAAAGACAACCCUCUGGGAAUCUCAGUCUACAAGAUGGCAGGCAAGGACAGACACGGCGCCUGGUUCGCUCGUAGGCAGGUCCUCGAGGGUGUUUCCAUCACAAAGAUGCGCAAGGCUAUGCAACGCGAGUUCGCUGAGUCUUUGGCCCAAUCCGGUGGCCCCGGUGCUGGCAACGUCCGUGGUAUUGGCGGCGACCGCAGACUAGACAAGAAAGAAGUCGAAAACGUGGGCAAGAUGGAGGCUCUCCAGCUCAGCGCCCAAUUCCCUGGCCCCACAACUCCUAGAGAAUUCAUCACUCUGCUCUUGACCUCAGAGAAUGCCCUGUCCGACAAGACUAGCCAGGACAAGCACCCCAUUCCACGGCACUUCAUGGUCAUCUCCAAACCACUCACACACCCCGAUACUCCUGACCGUGAAGGUUACGUCAAGGGUUCCUACGAGUCCGUCGAAUUGAUUCGCGAAAUCCCUCUGAAUCCCGUGCCCGAAAAUGAGGACGAGUCAAAUGAUGACAAGCACGAGCUCAACCCUGUCGAAUGGAUCAUGAUCACACGCAGUGACCCCGGCGGUGGCAUCCCUCGCUUUAUGGUCGAGCGAGGCACUCCAGGAUCCAUCGCAUCUGAUGUCUCCAAAUUCCUCGAUUGGGCAUGUGCCAAAGACGAGAUCCCUGAUCCUGAUGAGGAUGAGGAGCUGCAGCAGAAAGCCCAGCAAGAGCAGACUGAAAAGAAGGGCCCACCUCCAACUCCUCAGCAAAAUUCGCAAGCACAACAACCUGCACAGCAGGCAGGUGGCCUCCUCGCCUCUAUCGCAGGUGCCGUUGAAGCAGGCAUUGAAACCUAUGCUCCAGCACCCAUCGCUAAUUACACCCACAACUACAUGCAUCCAGAGGAUGACACCUCAGACUCAUCAUCGUCUUCGGACUCAUCAGAUGCCGAUUCAUUCGCAUCUGCUCAAGACCACCACCACCAUGAUGUAGGCGACCACCCUGCACAACAUCCCGCACAUGACAGCGCAGCUGUAGCCGCCUCAUCAACUUCAAUAGGCGGCGCCUCAACAGCCUCAUCAAGAGAGUUGCCACUGGGAAGCUCUCACCACGACAAGGAGCUACGCAAGAUCGACAAAGACCGCGCAAAGAUUGAAGCAAAAAUCCACAAGAAGCAAGAUGCCGAAGCCGUCAAGCUCGCCAGCCACAAAGAAAAAGACCCCGAAGACAUUGCCAAAUACCAAGAAAAGUACGACGCCGCAAUGGCAAAGCUAUCCGAGAAGCGCGAAAAGGAACUCAACAAGCUCGAGCAAAAGCGCGAAAAGGAAAUUUCAAAAGCACAGAAGAAGAGAAGUGAAAAGUUGAACAGAGACGAGGCCAGUAGAGUUGCCAGGGAGAGAGAUGACUUUAGAGAUCAGGUUGACAUGCUGAAGCGCGAGAAUGGUAUGCUUAGAGAGCAGAUGGCUGACCUGCAGCGUGAAAACGCCAUCCUCGUUGAUAAGGUCAACAAAGUUGCUGGAGUUGGUGCGCUCAAGGAGGUCCAGGCCGAAGCGCAGCAUCAUUGA